AUGAGCACACAGGAUGGUGGAUCCGUUGGUGUGAGUGGAGGGACAGGAAGUGGCGGAGAUAAGUCAACAUCUUCCGGAACGGUGAACCUUUCCGGUGGAACAAAAGCAAUCACAGCGCUCCCCGUAGGUGCUAGCGGAACGGGAGGAGGUCAGCUGAGUGCAACUGCUGUCGUUGGCGGUGGUGGUGGCGGAGCAACGGUGACCACCACAACGAUUCCGAUCGAUUUGGCAUCCGCAUCAAAGGUUUUGGUGCGACCCGAGAAAACGACGAUGCCGACUACGACGUACAGGUUCGGUUCAGCACCGGGCAGCCAGAUGCGUGUCGUAAUACCGAGCAGUGCCGCACAGCAAUCGUUCUAUCGUCAACCAGCCACCAUCAAGCAAGUUUUCACCUCUUCCAACCAUUUACUUGCAGAUCCGGCAACGAAUCGUACCCAAAUCAGUACGCUACCAGCAGCCCGUACCGUGACCCAGAACGCCUCGCUUACCGUGUCUCGUGCACCACAAACCACACCCACCACAGUUUCGUACCAUGUGUCGAACCGUGUUUCCGCUACCCCGGUUGUGGCGGCAAACCUGCAGGCAACGUCCCGUGCCACCAUUAACGGUCCGAUUCGCAUCUCGACGCCACCGAUACAGGUGGGAACGAACAAUAGCACGACCACGUACGUACAGCGUCAACCGCAAACCGUUGUACCGUCGCGUAACGUUACCGCGGGUACCGGAGCAGCUGCUACGAUUAUUUCGCAGACCAGCAGCGCAACGACGACACUUGUGCCGAACUUUCAAAUGUCCGCCCCGUUGUUUCGGGCGAGCAGUAUAGGAGGAGUGGCUGGGGCGGCGGGUGCGGGACAACAGGUGGUGGCGGCCGGUACACCUAGGGCGCGUGUCGUCACACAGACCACCCUGUCCGCUAACCAUCAUCAGGUGCCGGGUGUUGUGACGGGUACGGGCGGAGCGGGUGGUGCUGGUGGAGGAACGACGGUAGUUACACCUGGAGGUGGUGGAGCUGGCGGUACAGCGCAGGCGGUUGCGAUUAGUUCCGCAUCCGGUGGUGGAUCGACGGUAGUUUCGAGUGGUGCCGGAACAGGAACUGGUCAAUCGCAAGCAUUGGUAGCGACACUUUCGGCGGUGCUGCAGGGUCCUCGACAAGUUUCGACGCUACUCUACACAAACAAUAGUAACGCCCAACAGUACACGAUAGGACCGAACCAGCAGCGGUUGGCGCUGGCCACAACUCUUUCCCCGCAGCGCCCCCAAGCGACGGUAACGACCGGUAUUCGCCCAACAAUUCAACGCUUACCAACGGCGGGUAUUCGUGUGAGCACGGGCAGCUUAAACUUCCGCUCACCGGUUUUAGCAUCCACGACGGUUCUGACGACGAUCGCCUCGAACACGGGAACGGUCGGUACGGUGACCAACAGCCAGCAGCAGCAACAACAACGCACCGUCACAGCAACCGGAACCGGUGCAACGGCCAUUUCGAAUGCCAUCCCGGCACGCAUCAUCCAGGUGCAAAACCCACCGAGCGGUACCGGCACCGGCACGGCACAGAUCGUAAAUCGCCUCCAGACAACGAAUCUGGUCAACAUACAACCGCUGAUUGUGAGCAAUAGUCGAUUGCCACCGAGUGCCCUCCAACCGGCCGGCAUAACGAUCGCGCAGGUCGGCAAGCUAACGCAAGUCGCCACAGCAGCAUCCGGCAACGAUGGAAGUGGUGGAACCGGUGGUUCCGGUUCCGGUACGACCACAACCACACUCCAAACUGCAUCCGGUCAGCAAAUAGUCGUCAGUACGGGUGGUGCAGGCCCCGGAGGUGGUGGUGGUGGUAGUGGAGGUUCUCCCGCCACCGCCAUUAUUGCGGGUAAUUUAAUUGCUGCAAAUCAUCCCGCCGCACAAACAGCCCACCAAGGGCAGAUAACUCAGAUCGUUAACGUAAAUGCUGGCCAACCGACGGUUGUGUCAGCGGCUGUUAGUAGCGGACAGCAGCAGCAACAGAUUGUGACUGUAAGUCAAGCUGGUGGUGGAUCGGGAACAUCCGGAACAGUUAUCCCUUUGCCACUGGCACUCACGGGUGCUAGGAAUGUGGGUGGAGCGGGCGCUGGCACUCACAGUCCGCUCAGUAUCGUUACGGGAGGAAUUGUACGGACGGCUGGUACCGGAGCUGGGACAGCCACAUCGAUUGCGUCCGUACUACCGAUUGCUAAAGUGACGCCACAGGUUACGAUGGAAUCGGGCGGCAGUGGUGGUGGGAAUGUCACGCAACAUUAUUCCGUUGCGAGCAGUGGCAGUGUAGCCGGCCCUUCGCUCUACAUACAGACACGUCCAGGCGGUACGGCAGGUUUAUCCGGAACGGUUGGUAAAGCUGGCGGAGCAUCCGGUGCCACCUUGAGCGUUGUUUCGUCUGGACCGGCGGGAGCUGGGGGUGGUGUUGGCAGUGGUACGGUUGGAUCAGCAACAUCCGCUACCACUUUCCUACCAACGUCCACGUUUUACUACGAGCGUCUUACAUCCUCACCGGCCACGUGCGUUCCCUCUUCAACUGCAACAAUUUCUUCCACCGGCAUACCCGUAUCGUCAUCCACGUUUGUGCAAGCGGUGGCCGCAUCAUCAGCAUCCUCCAGCACCAUCACAACCGCAAGUGCGAUCAGUGGUCCCGUCUUCUCAAUUCCGGCUUCUUCCAGUGUGAUCAACAGUAGUGGUGUUGCGAGUGUUGGUGCGAAUGCUGGCAAUACAACAGUCGUCACGGUAGCACCAGCGGGAGCCAAUCCAACACUCACACCCUAUGGCACCACUGGUUCGUUUGCGAUCGUACAAGCUGCUCCUGCCGGUACCCGAACGGCAACUCUUGCUACCGGACCAGUACACGGAAUUGUUCCCGCAUCCGUACAAACGGCUCCGGUAGUAGCAGCCGUAUCAUCCGUGUCCCAGCCAACAUCCGGCGGUACAUCCUCCUCGGCUACCACAGCACAGAUCGUACCGAUACGAUUCCAUCACUCCCAAAUGCUCAUCGAUAGUAACGGUCAAACGCAACAGAUUAUUGUUUCAAGUGGCGGCGGAGGUUCCGGUGGUUCCGGUGGAGGUACGAGCAGUAUUGUGCCAAUUAUUCCAGUCGGUACGAGUGGUGCAGCCGUUGUAACAGCGACCAGCAAACAACAGGAAUCACCCCAAUCGAGCAUUUUGCGCAAGAGAACACUUGUGGAGACAACUUCCGGUCCGAUGAAGGCGACUCCGGUUGGGAAAGAUCUAACCGCAGCACUAAUGGCUGUUGAACGGGAACGUUCCGAACUUCAGCUACUUCAACAACAGCAGCAGCAGCAACAACAUCAUCAUCUAGUGGCGGAAUUGCGAGAUUUAGCUAAUGCAUCUCCACUGCACCAUUCACGGCCACCAUCGACGGAUGGUUCAACGACCGUUAGUGCCACAUCCAGCCCUGGGUUGGACGAGCAGGAAGAGGAAGAGUUGCGUGCACAAGCAUACGCAAACCGUGCCAGCAAUGCAGUGUCGGGUGAUGGACACUUUAAACCCGUCCAGGAUGAUCAUCCCUUCUUCCAGCAGCAGCAGCAGCAGCAACAACAACAACAACAACAACAACAGGAACAGCAGCAACAGCAACUUCGAGAAAUUCUUUCCCUCCACUGUACGGAAAGUUUCCCCACAUCCCUCGGCACCAGCACAACACUUUCGGUUGUUCCGAUGUCUAAUCACACAUCAUCCUUAGUUUCGAUUGGAGGAGUUGGUGGCAGUAGCAGUAAUGGAGCAGGACCUGCCGGAAGUUACGAACAAUCACCCCGUAAAAAAGCGCGCAAACAGCAACUACUCCCGAUGACGGACGGUGGGGCGCAUCAUCAGCACCAUCAUCAUUUGUCAUCUGUUAAAUCCAACUCUUCAUCCUCGUCCUCAUCGUCAUCGUCGUCGGUGGUCACAAAUUCAUCAACUUCCUCAACGAAUACGACCGUUAGUGGUGGUAGUCAGCAGCAGCAGCAGCAGCAGCAGCAGCAACAUCCUUAUUUGAACGACGAACGGAUGGAUACGAGCGGUUCCGGAUUGGUGGUGCUUGGAACGGUCGGAACGGGAACCAACAGUGGUGGAAUAAGCAAUUCCACUCCUCACACCAAUAAGCACAACAGUAAUAGCGUUGGUUCGACGGUGGUGAUGAACAACAGUAAAAGCGUGCGGAUGGAUCCUCCUCCUUCUUCCGGAUCGGCUACCAGUUCGCAGAUGAGCAGUACCGUCAUUUCGGUGGUGGCGGCAAGACAGCAAAAUCUAACGCUCCGAAAACCACACAACAUUAGUCUGUUGCAGUCUUACAAACAAACGUGGAAAUCGGCCAACAAUCAUUUCCAGCGAUACACGGACGUAAAGCAGCGGGAAGAACGCCGCCCGACGGUGAUGGACAUUGCCAAUCAAUCACACAUUCUUCAGAAGCUGAACGGCUGGAAGAUUUAUCAUCUCAGCGCACAAAUAGAGGAUCUGUGCGAUCUGGAAUCUCAAGCGUACGGCAAGCUGGAAAAAAUGUUACGUGCAAUGGAAAGCAGCCACGGCAGCAGUAGUAGUAACAGCGGUAGCAGUAGUAGCAAUAGCAGUAAUAGUAGUACUAACGGCGGUACAGUUAAAUUAUCAUCCGAUGUUGAACGCAUCAAUGAACUAUUAAAGGGCAAUAUGCAGCGAAGUAAAAUCAUCAUCGAUGGUAUCAAUGAAGCCCGCACGCAGAUAAUGAAAAUUUUCCAACACAAACCACACGUAUCGGACAUUAUCCUACGGUGCGCUUCGAAGCGUAACUUUAAAAAGCGAGAGAAAACAUAA